AUGAAUGAAUUUUUUAGUAUGAAUGAAUUUUUUAGUAUGAAUGAAUUUUUUAGUAUGGACGAUUUUGCAAGUAGCUCAUUGCUACAUUCAGAUAAAAACUGCAAUUCCAAAGACAACUCUCCAUAUGAGGCUUUUAAAAAAUUAUCUGAUUUCCGCGUCAAACUUUUUAAAUAA